CGCUCACACCGACACUCCUCUGCUUUCCUCUCCCUUCUCUCAUACGAUAACGCACCUGCCGGAAGAAGUGACAGGCGCUGGGAUUUCACCGCCGUCCGCGGCGGCUGCUGCUGGUGCGUUCUUCUCCUUCUUCAGAUCCAGAUCCGAGUGUUUAGCUGGAAAGAUAGAAGAUGGAUGCUGCUGCUGAGAAGGUUCACCCCCGCCGCCGGCAACGGGUCGAACCAUGCGUGGAUGGCGAGACGGAGCAGCCAGCCAAUGUCGUAUCCAAGGUCCUCGGCGACGAUAACCUUCUCAGGGAGAUAAUCGUCCGCGUCGGCUUCCCCACCACCCUUGUCCAUGCCGCCCUCGCGUGCAAGCGCUGGCUCGGGCAUGCCGCCUACCCCGCCUUCCUCUGCCGUUCCCACAAGCUCCACCCACCCUGCCUCCUAGGCUACUACAUCUCCGAGCGGUCGGCUGCGCCGAAGCAGCUGAAUGUGUGUCUCCGGCAGAUCUGUCCUUGGUUGAUUUGCUCGUAUCUGUUCAUCAUUCGUCUAUACUCGUAUGCUUUCAGGUUUGAUCCUUCUGAUCUAUGACUUUUUUCAUCGGCGAUGGUUGCCGCUCUGGUGCGCUGGUCCUAUGAGGACUUAGCACGACGACUUUUUAACUGUCUAGUACUACAAGGUUUGCCUGACUUCAGUGAGGGAGGGGCGAUGACGGUGGCGCACCUUUGGCUCGCUUCAGUGCUUUUAGUCGUUGAUAAGUUGUCUACGGAUUUGGAUAUAAUUUCUAUUGUUUUGGGUGUUCGCUGUACCGCCAUGAUUGAAGAUAAAUAGAUCGGAUGUUUUCCCGUUAAAAAGAAAUUAUUAUUCAAUAGUCAGAGUGUGAACAAAUCAAUUACUCUGCUGCAUAGACUCACAUUUUAAGGUCUUCCUUGAGUUCACAGUUUUUUUAUAGAGAAAAUCGAAUGCACACUACUGAAUUUUAUAUGUUUUGUGGUUGCCCACAAACACUCCCUGGGAGCAUGUAUUGGAUUUGGCUA